AUGAUAUAGUAAUAACAAUAACCUAUUUAAGAUCAAUAACAACCAGUCUAAAUAACUACUGAAUGUGCAUUAAAAUCAAUACCAUAAACUAAAUGUGUUUAUCAUCCUAAGUUUAUAACACAUUUUUGCAAAAAAACAACAUGUUUAAUGCCUCUAUGUGAAACUUGUUUAGAAAUUCAUUCUCCUCAACAUUCCAAAUUUAGUAAGUUAUAUUUUAACUCUAUUAUUCAGUCGACACUAUAUAAAACACUCUAACUGAAGUCUAUAGGGGUUAUGCCAAAAGGGCCAAUGAAAUUGCAAUGCAUUAAAGAUAUGAUUUUUUGUAAUUACGUUAAGAUCUUCAUAAGUUGAUUGAUGCCAUUUUUGAAGAUCUUCUCAGAAAGGCUGAUUAAAAUUAUCAACCAGAUUUAGUCAUUGAAUGGAGAAAUCUAAUCUCUAAAUUAGAAAAACUCAAAGAUUCUCAGUCUUGUAUGAAAGAAGCAAUUUUAUAUUUUGUUGAACCAGAUCAAGGGUAUCAUAAACCUUAAUUAACAUUUUAAAAUAAUCCAAUCAAAAUAGAUCAAUACUAAUUAUAAUAAGCAAAAUACCAUUUGAAUAGAUUAUUUACUGUAGAUUUCAAUAAUGAAGAACAUUUAAACUAUAGCAAUUAUGAAUGGCAGAAUGACAAUCCUAUUAGAGGAGCUUCAAGCAUUUUAGAUUAUUCAGAAGUUUAUUAAAUAAAUAAUCAUUCAGAUAAUAAUAUAAUUAAUAAUAAUAUAAUUAGUAAUAAUAAUAAUAAUAAUAAUAAUAAUAAUAAUAAUAAUAAUAAUAAUAAUAAUAAUAAUAAUAAUAAUAAUAACCAUCAUCCUUAGAAUCUUAUUACUCAAACUUAGUUUGAAUAGAGUCCCAUAAGAUUAGUACUGCCUAUAGAUUAAUAAUACGUUAUUCAAAGUCCAAAUGUUAUUCAGUAUGCAUAACCAAUCAUUCGAACUCCGUACACAGUACCAUCAGUUUAUACAGUAUCAACUGUCAGGCCUUUCAAAUAGGUAAUCAAAAUUUCUAAUAUCUUAUAGAGUAGAGAAUUCAGUUAUGCUCUUCCUUUUGUCUAAUGA